AUGGUCUCCAACGCCAGCUCCUGCUGUUCCCACAGACCUAUACAGGCGAGUAAAGAAGGAUUGCUUCGAACCCUUCUUGUUCAGCUUUUUCGCGCGCAUCCAGAAGUCAUUGCACUUGUUGCUUCGUCGCGUUGGGAAUCUUUGUGCCUUUUCAAUGAAGACCCCAGGCGCUUGAGCCAAGAUGAAUUGGAGGACAUGUUUCGCCAUGCAGUGAAACAUAUCAGCUCCCGAGCAAAGCUUGCUCUAUUUAUCGAUGGCUUGGAUGAGUUUGACGGCGACUGCAAUGCUCUUAUAUCCUUGUUACAGGAGUGCCUCGCAUCUCCAAUCAAAGUCUGCAUCUCCAGCCGCCCUUGGACAGAGUUUGAGAAUGCUUUCGGAAAUUAUCCCAGGCUGAAGAUGGAAGACCUCACAUACGACGACAUCACCAAAUACGUCGUUUCCAGAUUCGAGGCAAAUUCUCAAUUCGCAAGGUUCCAAAAACUACAUCCUCAAUUCGCCAGUGAUCUGAGCCACUCGAUCGCGGACAAAGCGAGUGGUGUUUUUUUAUGGGUCACCAUUGUUGUCGCAUCGCUUUUGGCUGGGAUGAUGGCUGGUGACCGUGUUGAAGAUCUCGAGAAUCGGCUCAACCUGCUUCCAUCCGAAAUGGAUGACCUCUAUGGGAGAAUUAUUGAGAGUAUUGAUCCUUUAUACCGUGAACAUGCUGCUCAGCUCUUCAAGCUGGUCAGCGCAUGUCGCGGGCCGCCUUCGCUGCGUGUUUUGUGGUAUGCGGACGAGGUUAAGUUUUUGGACCGGGCUAUCAAUGAAGAUCCGAGUGCUGUCCCACUUGAGGAAGUAUUGGGCCGACUGGAAGAUAUGCGACUUCGUAUCGUCAGUCGGUGCCGAGGGCUACUAGAAGUUCAAAGUGCCCCAGAUGAGUAUCCCGAAAAACCAGACAGAGGUAAUGCUGUAUAUCUGCACAGGACAUUUGCGGAGUUUUUAAGGAGGCCUGAUACCCAGCAAAGGCUCGACAGCUGUCUCACCAAGCCAUACGAUUCUGGCAUAAGGAUCUCAGCGGCAUAUACAUCCUUGGCAAAGCUCUGGAUGAGGCCAGAUACACAAAACAGAAUCGCGAGUCUUCGCUUCCAGCUCCACUUAAACGACAGUCUAGACCACGCAGGGGAUGCGAUGCCAUCCUUAAGUUGCGAUGUUGUUCGACUGAUGGAUCAUCUACGGGAGGAGUGUGCCAGUCUCCGCCGAUACUCGUACAAAGAAAACAAGUUCAGGGAUCCAGGGGGGAAAUGGCAGAGCAAAUUGACUGGGAUAGAGUUGAACAGUUACUGUUCCGAUGCCAGAGAAGAAUUCCUCUGCUUGGCCACUGCGUUUUGUGUUGGGGAAUAUAUAAGAGCCAAGGCAGACCAGCGAGGUGUUGUCGUAAUUGCGAAACGGGACCCGAGUAAGGAACGUUUGAAGCUGGGAGCACUUGGGUGGACACUGCAGGGAAACCCCGAGCUGCUCAGAACAUCCCUUCUUUCGCUUGUGCCCCUAACAAACCCAAGAAGCGCAUCAGUGAUUAAACUAUUACUCGACAAAGGAGCAAAGCCAAAUAAAGCGAUCAAACAAAUUGGAUUCCGCAAAGCGACAGCAUGGGAAGAGCUUCUUGCCGGAGCUAUUUCGAUUAUCGAGAGGAGCCUCGAGGAAGCAAACAGCCAGGUGACAGAAUGCGUGCAUCUUAUGCUAGAAGGAGGAGCAAAGGUGACUGUCGGGACAGUGCAGAGGGCGAUAAGAAUAUCUAGGGAGUGCACGGUGCCUCGAUAUUUGACAUGGUCCACCAAUCAGUACCCAUAUGAUAUGGGUGCUGUUCGUAGGAAUGCCUCACUGGGCAGUGUAUAUGUACAGCUUAAGGUGAUGAAAAAGGAUCGGGGGGCACCAUUCAGGGUCACAUAA